GCUCGAUACAAAGAAGCAAGAGACUAUAGAAGAGCAAAAGUUGAUGCUUCAUAUAAAUACAUUUUUGAAGUUCUCAGUGUCAGGCUAGGUUUAGACUUAACAACUGUGGAAGAAAUGAUUUUGGAUGCCCCUUCGUGUUUCAAAGUGAAGAACCAGCAACCAGCUAAACUGUUCUUUUGUAGAGUAUCAAAACACAGGGCUAUAACAAGUAUUGAAGGAGCUGUUGAGUUGAAAAAAAUAGAUUAUAUUAAAUUUUCUAAACUCCAGUGCUUUGAGAAAGUAACUGCAGCAGCUGCUAAUCCUGACACAGUUCACCAGCUAGAGGAAGUACUUGUGAUAUGGUAUAGACAAAUUGAACAGGUUCUGAUUGAGAGUAAGCAGAUGAGGAAGGAAACUGAGGAUUCAGGUCCACUGACUGAACUAGAGCACUGGAAAUGUAUGUCUGCUAAAUUAAAUUUUAUUAUUGAGCAGAUCAAAGGACCAAACUGCAAAGCUGUUAUUAAUGUUCUGAAUAUGUGGAAAGAGUUAGAUGCCAGAAUCACACAUGCAGCAAAUGAAUCAAAAGAUAAUGUGAAAUACUUAGGCACACUUGAAAAAGUUUGUCAGCCACUUUAUAACUAUGAUCUUAGUAUCACUAGAGGGUGCCAGGUACCAGGCCAUAAUGAUGAGCUGCUUCAUACAAGUUAUGAAGAAAAAAUUCUUUUUAUCUUAAACAAAGACAGACAUUUAAAUAAUGACAUCCAAGUUAAAUAUAUCCUGAUUCAUGUGCAUCAGCAUGAUAUUUUUGAUGAUUUGGUAAAAACGCACAUCAAAUCACCAACUGAUUUUGAAUGGUUAAAGCAGUCUAGAUUCUACUUUAAAGAGGAUUUCAGUCAAGUCUUGGUAUCCAUUACAGAUGUUGAUUUUGUUUACCAAAAUGAAUUUCUGGGUUGCACUGAUCGUCUGGUUAUAACACCUCUUACAGACAGGUGCUACAUAACUUUAGCACAGGCUUUGGGAAUGAACAUGGGAGGAGCUCCAGCAGGACCAGCUGGAACCGGUAAAACAGAAACGACGAAAGACACGGGAAAUGCUCUGGGAAAACACGUAGUAGUUUUUAACUGCUCUGAUCAAAUGGACUUCAGAGGUUUGGGUAGGAUUUUCAAAGGUCUUGCGCAGUCUGGAUCUUGGGGAUGUUUUGAUGAAUUCAACUGAAUUGAGUUGCCUGUCUUGUCAGUAGCAGCACAACAAAUCUAUAUUAUUUUAACAGCAAGAAAAGAAAGAAAAAAGAAGUUCAUUUUUUCUGAUGGAGACUGUGUAGAUUUAAAUCCAGAGUUUAGGAUUUUCCUAACAAUGAAUCCUGGAUAUGCUGGACGACAGGAACUACCAGAAAAUCUCAAAAUUCAGUUUAGAACUGUUGCAAUGAUGGUUCCAGAUAGGCAGGUACAAUUACUGACUGAACUGAAAGAAAAAAUGUGUGAAAAUGUGUUUCUGAUUUUAGAUGGUCCUGUAGAUGCAGUCUGGAUUGAGAAUCUAAAUUCAGUUUUGGAUGAUAACAAGACCCUCACUCUAGCAAACAGAGAUAGCAUUCCUAUGUCUCCUACAUGUAAACUGUUAUUUGAGGUCCACAACAUCGAUAAUGCCUCUCCAGCAACAGUUUCUCGAAAGGGUAUGGUCUACAUCAGUUCUUCUGCCCUCAGCUGGAGACCAAUAUUGCAAGCAUGGCUGAAAAAACGUUCUUCUCAAGAAGCUGAAGUUUUACAAAGUUUGUAUGAUAGAAUCUUUGAACCAGCAUAUGCAUAUAUGAAAAUAAAUCUUAAUCCAAAAAUGGAGCUUCUGGAGUGUAACUACAUUAUGCAGUCUAUUAAUCUUCUGGACAGUUUGAUUCUAUUGAAGGAAGAAGGUGGUUUAUCAUCUAUAUUUCAUCUGCAUAAAUUGUUCUGCUUUGCAAUAAUGUGGAGUUUAGGUGCCCUUCUAGAGUUGGACGGUAGAGAUAAACUUGAAGCCCUCAUUAGAGCUCAUGACAACAAGUUAGAGUUACCAGAAGUCUCCCUUGGCACCAGUCAAACAAUGUAUGACUUUUAUGUUACUGAUUACGGUGACUGGGAGCACUGGAAUAAAAAGGUUCAGGAAUAUGUUUAUCUAACAGAUAAUGUCCCAGACUAUGCAUCUAUUCUGGUUCCAAAUGUUGAUAAUGUCAGAACUCAGUUUUUGAUAGACACAAUUGCAAAACAACAGAAAGCGGUUUUGCUCACAGGAGAACAGGGAACUGCGAAGACAGUCAUGAUUAAGGCAUAUAUGAAGAAAUAUGACCCAGAAGAGCGUUUGUCAAAAUGUUUAAACUUUUCAUCUGCCACAGAACCAUUUAUGUUUCAGGUGAAAGUUGGUGAUAAGGAAGUAGAUGUUAUGAGUUCUUUUAGACUGUACAUUACUACAAAGCUACCCAAUCCUGCUUUCACACCUGAAAUUAAUACAAAAACAUCAAUUAUUGAUUUUACUGUUACAAUGAAAGGACUUGAGAAUCAGUUACUGAGAGUAAUUCUUACUGAAAAACAAGAACUAGAGGCAGAAUGAAUUAAACUCAUGGAAGACAUAACUUUUAAUAAGAGGAAGAUGAAAGAACUGGAAGACAAUCUUCUGUACAAACUAAGUGCAACCACAGGCUCACUAGUAGAUGAUGAAUCCUUGAUCGGUGUUCUGCAAACAACUAAGCAAACAGCUGCUGAAGUAGCUGAAAAGUUGUCUGUGGCAGCAGAAACUGAAGUGAAGAUUAACACUGCUCAGGAGGAAUAUCGACCUGCUGCUACACGUGGAAGCAUUCUUUAUUUUCUUAUUACAGAAAUGAGCAUGGUCAAUAAUAUGUACCAAACUUCACUGGCUCAGUUCUUGAAGUUACUUGAUCAAUCCAUGGCCAAAUCUAAGAAGUCUCCUUUACCUCAGAAAAGAAUCUCAAAUAUUAUUGAGUAUCUUACCUUUGAAAUUUACUCAUAUUCUGUUAGAGGCUUGCAUGAAAACCACGAAUUCCUCUUUACGCUACUCCUGACAUUAAAAAUUGAUCUUGAGAGAGGACAUGUGAAAAGCAGGGAGUUCCAUGCACUCAUUAGAGGAGGUGCAGCAUUGGAUCUACAGACUUGCCCACCCAAACCAUUCCGCUGGAUUCUUGACAUGAUGUGGAUAAACCUAGUGGAAUUGAGCAAACUUCCACAGUUUGCAGAAAUUUUGAAUCAGAUAGCCCAUAAUGAAAAGGGAUGGAAAAGUUGGUUUGAUAAAGAUGCUCCCGAGGAAGAAAUUAUACCCGACGGAUAUAAUGAUUCACUUGAUACCUUUCACAAGCUUUUGCUCAUCAGAAUUUUACCUCUCAUCUGUUUCUUGUCUAUGGGAUCUGACCCAACUAUUCAGAUUGAUUCCUUGGCUAGGAAGCUUAAACUGGAAUGUAGGACCAUCUCUAUGGGUCAAGGACAAGAAUCUCAUGCACGCAAAUUCAUACAGAUGUCAAUGCAACAGGGAGGUUGGGUGUUACUUCAGAAUUGUCAUCUUGGACUGGAUUUCAUGGAUGAACUACUGGAGACACUUCUUACCUCCGAGAUACAAGAUGAGACAUUUAGAGUUUGGAUAACUACUGAACCACAUCCUAAAUUCCCAAUUAUGCUGCUACAGAUUGCUAUAAAGUUCACAAAUGAACCUCCCCAAGGUAUACGGGCCGGACUGAAAAGAACAUUUUCUGGAAUUCAUCAGGAUCUCUUAGAUGUUAGCAAUAUGCCCAUGUGGAAACCUUUGCUUUACAGUGUAGCUUUCCUGCAUUCUACUGUUCAGGAACGACGCAAAUUUGGGCCUUUGGGUUGGAAUAUUCCCUAUGAAUUUAACUCAGCAGUGAGUUAAAUUCAGUUUUUAACUGCCAGUGCUCAGUUUAUACAAAAUCACCUAGAUGAAUGUGACAUCAAGAAGGGGUUAUCAUGGAACACAGUACGCUACAUGAUUGGAGAAGUACAGUAUGAAGGCCGAGUCACAGAUGACUUUGAUAAGCGUCUUCUUAAUUGCUUUGUAAGGAUAUGGUUUAAUGAGAAGAUGUUUGACAGCACUUUCUGUUUUUACACUGGAUAUAAAAUUCCAGUGUGCAAAACCCUGGAACAGUAUUUUGAAUACAUCCAGUCACUCCCUCCCAUGGACAGCCCAAAGGUCUUUGGUCUCCAUCCGAAUGCCGAUAUUAUAUACCAAAGUAAUACAGCAGCUGAUGUUCUAGAUACUAUUUUCAACAUUCAGCCUAAAGAAAGUGGUGCGGGACCUGGAGAAACUCGCGAAGGAAUUGUUUAUCGUUUAGCUGAAGACAUGCUAGAGAAACUUCCUCCAGAUUGGCAAGUAAAAGCUCGUUUAAUUAAAAUGGGACAACUUAACUCUAUGAAUAUUUUUCUUCAGCAAGAAAUGGACCGAAUGCAAAAGGUGAUCACAAUACUCCGCAACAGUUUGAAUGAUCUUAAACUAGCCAUAGAAGGAACUACUGUUAUGAGUGAGAAUCUGAGAGAUGCACUUGAUGAUAUGUAUGAUGCUCAAAUUCCUCAACUAUGGAAAAGUGUAUCUUGAGAUUCUUCAACACUUGGCUUCUGGUUUACUGAACUUUUGGAAAGAAAUACUCAAUUGUCUACUUGGAUAUAUGAAGGAAGACCAAAUGUGUUUUGGAUGAGCGGAUUCUUUAAUCCACAAGGAUUCCUGACAGCAAUAAGACAAGAAGCAACUCGAUCACAUAAAGGCUGGGCUUUAGAUACAGUUACAAUACAUAAUGAAGUGCUGAAGCAAAACAAAGAAGAAAUCACGGCACCUCCUUCUGAAGGAGUAUAUAUCUACGGGCUAUACUUGGAAGGUGCAGGCUGGGACAGAUGGAAUAGCAAACUCAUUGAAUCUACACCAAGGAUUCUUUUUGUCCAGCUGCCUGUGGUGCAUAUAUUUGCUGUUAAUACAACCAGUCCUAAGGAUCCCAAGCUCUAUGUUUGCCCUCUUUACAAGAAGCCCAAGAGGACAGAUCUGAACUAUAUUACAGUGAUCUAUUUAAGGACAGUAGUGUCUCCAGACCACUGGAUAUUGAGAGGAGUGGCUCUCCUGUGUGACACCAAGUAA